AUGCAGUUCACUCUCAUCACCGCCUUCGCCACUGCCUUCCUGGCUUCUUUCGUGGCCGCCAACCCUGCUCCCGCCCCGGCUCCCUUCGAGAUCGGCAUCGGUGCUAACGCUGCCGCUAACGCUGCUGCUGAGGUCGCUGCCAAUGCUGGCCUGGGUGCUGGUGCUGGUAUCCACUUCAAGGCUUAA